AUGCCUCCCAAGAAGGAUGUUCCUGUGAAGAAACCAGUGGGGCCCUCUACCUCAAAGCCUGCUGCUGCCAAGCCAGCAGCAUCAGCGGUCCCUCCAGGCAAGGCCAAGGCUGAGCCAGCUGCUGCCCCGGCUGCCCCAGUUGCUGCCCCGGCUCCUGAAAAACCCCAGGAGCCCCCCAUCGAUCUCUCCAAAGUUGUGAUCGAGUUUAACAAGGAUCAGCUGGAGGAGUUCAAGGAGGCCUUCGAGCUGUUUGACCGAGUGGGUGAUGGCAAGAUCCAGUACAGCCAGUGUGGGGAUGUGAUAAGGGCCCUGGGCCAGAACCCCACCAACGCUGAAAUCCUCAAGAUCAUGGGGAACCCCAAGAGUGAUGAACUGAAGUCCCGGCGUGUAGACUUUGAGACUUUCCUGCCCAUGCUCCAGGCAAUCGCCAAGAACCGGGAAAAAAGCUCCUAUGAGGACUACUUGGAGGGGCUUCGGGUGUUUGACAAAGAGGGGAACGGCAAAGUCAUGGGAGCAGAGCUCAGACAUGUCCUCACCACCCUGGGAGAGAAGAUGACUGAGGAGGAGGUGGAGACUGUUCUGGCAGGACAUGAGGACAUCAAUGGCUGCAUCAAUUAUGAGGCCUUCCUGAAGCACAUCCUAAGCGUCUGA